CCUCUCUUAUUCAAACUUCCACCUGUUUGUUCGCUUGCUUGCUGCAACCACGCGCUCCUUGCCCUUGCUGCGUGCUCCCGAUCUCGCCGGCCGGAGCAGCGAAUUCCGGCCAUGGGCAAGGCGGCGAGGUGGUUUCGCAACCUGUGGGGCGGCGGCGGCAAGAAGGAGCAGGGGAGGACGCCGGCGGCGGCGGCCAAGCCUGCGCCGCCCCCGCCGGACAGGAAGAGGUGGAGCUUCGCCAAGUCGUCGAGGGACUCCACGGAAGGGGAGGCACAGGCGGCGGCGGCGGCGGUGGUCGGAGGGAAUGCGGCGAUCGCCAAGGCGGCGGAGGCGGCAUGGCUCAAGUCGAUGUACAGCGAGAAUGAGAGGGAGCAGAGCAAGCACGCCAUGGCCGUCGCCGCGGCGACCGCCGCGGCCGCGGACGCGGCCGUGGCGGCGGCGCAGGCGGCCGUCGAGGUCGUCCGCCUCACCAGCCAGGGACCACCCAACUCGUCGGUGUUCGCCGUCCUGGACCCCCGCGGCCUCGCCGUCGCCGCCGUCAAGAUCCAGACAGCGUUCCGAGGAUUCCUGGCGAAGAAGGCGUUGCGAGCUCUCAAGGCGCUGGUGAAGCUGCAGGCGCUGGUGCGUGGCUACCUGGUGCGGAGGCAGGCGGCGGCGACGCUGCAGAGCAUGCAGGCGCUCGUCCGCGCGCAGGCCGCCAUCCGCGCCGCCCGCUCGUCGCGCGCCGCCGCGCUGCCGCCGCUCCACCUCCACCACCACCCUCCCGUCCGGCCGCGCUACUCCCUGCAAGAGCGGUACAUGGACGACACGCGGAGCGAGCAUGGCGUGGCGGCGUACAGCCGCCGCCUGUCGGCGAGCAUCGAGUCGUCGUUGUACGGGUACGACCGGAGCCCCAAGAUCGUGGAGAUGGACACGGGGCGGCCCAAGUCGCGGUCGUCGUCGGUCAGGACGAGCCCUCCCGUGGUCGACGCCGGCGGCGCCGGCGAGGAGUGGUACGCCAACUCGGUGUCGUCGCCGCUCCCGCCGUUCAACCAGCUCCCCGGCGCGCCGCCGCGGAUAUCUGCGCCGAGCGCGCGCCACUUCCCGGAGUACGACUGGUGCACGCUGGAGAUCAAGGCCAGGCCGGCGACGGCGCAGAGCACGCCGCGCCUGGCGCACAUGCCAGUGACACCGACGAAGAGCGUGUGCGGUGGCGGCGGCGGCGGUGGCUGCGCCUACGGCGCGUCGCCUAACUGCCGAGGCUACAUGUCCAGCACGCAGUCGUCGGAGGCGAAGGUCCGUUCCCAGAGCGCGCCGAAGCAGCGGCCGGAGCCGGGAGUCGCCGCCGCCGGCGCUCGCAAGCGGGUGCCUCUGAGCGAGGUGAACCUGGAGGCCCGGGCGAGCCUGAGCGGCGUCGGCAUGCAACGGUCGUGCAACCGCGUCCAGGAGGCGUUCAGCUUCAAGUCCGCCGUGCUGAGCCGCUUCGACCGCUCGUCGGAGCCGGCCGCCGAGAGGGACCGCGACCUCUUCUUGCAGAGGAGGUGGUGAACAGCAACGAAUCAAUCGCCGUUCGCCAUUACAAGACAUUAGCAAGUUCAUUACUGCGACUAUUUCCAUAGCCCUAUUUCCAUCGAUCGCCAUAGCCUCUAUGCGACAUGGCGAUCAUGUUCUCUUCUUCCCUGUGCUCCGGCUCCCCAUUGUCGUCGUCUCCGAGCUGCCACACCUGCUUCUUGCUGACAAGUGACAAGCAAGUGUACGGGGAGAGAUUACUUUUUCUUUUCACCUUUCUUUCUCUGAAUUAACAGUGCACUUUGAUGUACAUUCUCUCAAUUCUCCCAUCAAAUCAAAUCCAAUCCCGUUGUUUUGUACUGCUUCA